CAACAAACACUUUUCAAAAGGAAUAAGUGCGUGAAGCCCCGGAGCUGUUCCGGAGCUCCUCUCAGGUGUGAAAGGAAUACAACUAAUUACAAAUGUGUCACCUCACCUGUGAAUUGUCUGUGGUGCUGUGGGACUGUGGUACAUCCGCCACCAAUGAACUAUAACCAAAAACUGGAAUGCUAACACAUAAGGACGAACGUGAAGCCUAGUGCGGCUGCUGCGGAGGGGAUACCUGUUUUUGUCGCACUCAUUAUGUUAAAUGACGAAAAUUGCUUCCAACACGUAUUCCAAUUGAUAAAACCUGUGAAGGGAAAUAUGACAAAACUUUCGAAAACGUCAUAUGUCAGCGAGCAACAGAAAAAAACAACAUUCCCCUUUGUGGCAUCUGUCUUUCAUGGCUUCAUUUUUGUGGCAGAUAUGGCAAUGUGUGCACAUUCCAGUUUUUAGCUAUAGUUCAUUGUCCGCCACAGGACUUUUUUUUCAGUCUCCAGUCUCAACUCUUUGGCUAAUUAGUUAUUAAGGUUCUGUUUUUGUACAGUUUUUUUUUUUAAUAUUAGAAAACAAUGGACCCGAUAGAAAAGCUAAUUACCGAAAAGCUAUAUAAGUUAGUCACUUCAGAAUAUUGUGAAUUAUGUGAUGUCGAGAUUGUUAAUGAGAUAACCAAAAGAGAUCAUUACAAUGGAAGAAGGCACUAUAAAAAUCUAGAGUGGUUUCGAGAAGAGGAAAGAUAUCGCCUUUCUCAUCAAAAAAUUAACCAUGAGACUCCAACGCAAUCUAUUGAAAAUACAAAACUAUAUUGCAAAUCUUGCAACAAAACAGUUGGUUCACAAGAUGAGCUUUUAAAACAUAAUGGUACCGAAGCGCAUCAGAUAAAUGUAGCUUGCUAUUGUGAGUUUUGUUCCAUUUAUACCUCAUCCAAAAAUAACAUGUGGCAACAUUUGAGAGGCGAACAACAUAAAAAAAAACUCAUAGAAGGAUGUUUUCCUAUUGAUGGAGAAUACAGUUCCUCUCGAGAUUCUUUAUCAAAUGUGCUGCAAAAUCUGAUGCUGAUUGAUAUUUGUAAAAUUUGUAAUUUACAACUUCCAAAUAUCCAACGAUAUAAAACUCAUUACAGUAGUGAAAGCCAUGAAACAGCAGUUAAGCAAUGGUUACAGCGCAAUCAAGACAGUGUAAACCAGCCAAAGCCAGUGAAAAAAGUUACUGAUGAGACCAAAUCUGAGGAAAAAGCUAAUAAUGAAACUGUAGAAACAAAUGUGAUGCAUUAUUGUUUCAUCUGUAAGUUGCAGUUUCCUUCUAAGGACAGACACCAACAUGUAAAUAGCUUUCCUCAUUCGAUUUUGUACAAAGAAAAACAAGAAUUGCUAAAAAAAGGCAUCAGUGAAGUAUAUUUGGAAGAAAGUCAGGGUUCCAUAGUGUGUACACUUUGCAGCAUAACACUUUAUAAUUUCCCGAUUGUUAUAGACCACACUAAUCGCUCAAAACAUAUCAUAAACUAUCUCAAAUGGCAUGGCACUGCCAAAAGAGUAACUCAAGAUUCAAAAAUUAAGCAUUUUUACUGCAAAGUUUGUAAUAAAGAGUUAGAUGGAACCAGUUAUGCUGAUCGACACUACGAGGAAGAAUCGCACAUCAAGAACCUUGACAAAAUAGGUGAGGUUUCUAAUGCAACUUCUGAGAUUUUGGAAUUACAAAAUAAAAGCACGCAGCUUCACGCGAAAGAAGUUUCAUCAAAGGACAUACUAGUUGUUACCCCAUGGCCUCCAAAGUUCCCAGAUCUUAUUAAACCCAAAAAUUGUACAGAUGUCAUUGAUAAGGAUUCAUCAGCACCACCAGCAGAGGCAGCAUUAAAAUCAUCUUCUACUACAACCAAUAAAGAUGAUGAUAAAACAAACAAGGCUGAUAAAAAUGAUCAAAUAGUUGUAACUUCUACAAAUUACUCAGAAUUCUCAUGUUAUAUUUGUGAUGUUUUAUUAUCAUCAAAAAAAGAAAACGACUUACAUAGGCAAAGUUUUCAACAUUCAGCUCUAAGUGAAGAAAAGGAAAGGUUAUUGAAAGAAGGAAUUCUUGAUGAAUAUUUGACAGCCACUGUGGAUGGCGUCAUGUGCGAACUGUGUUCUGUUAUCCUUUGCAAUCCAAUCGGCCUCAACCAGCACAAAAAUGGCCUGAAACAUUCCAAUGAAUAUUUCAAAUGGCGUUUAAAUUCCAAGAAAGUAACUAGUGAGUCUGAAACUGAACCUUUCCAUUGCAAAGAUCCUGAUGAAACCAGUAGUUAUGGUCAACAUUAUACCAAUAAAUAUCAUUCCGAGACUGACAUCUUUUCCCAAAAAUGCAACAAUUCCAAUAUAACAGAAGAAUUACACAAUAAAAGCCCUUUACAUUUAGAAAACGAGCAGAAAAACAACCCAAAAUCAGAUUCACUGACGAUAUCAUAUACAGAUUUUGUAACACUUUUAAGUACAACCUUUUAUGGUAAUAGCAAUAAACCUGAAGAAAAAAGUGAAAACCUUUCCAUUUCAACAACUGAACCUAAAGAAAAUGAAAACCUCAAACACAAAGUAUUGGAGGAGCUUAAAAAAUUAGUGCAAAAAUUAUAUUAUUCUGAACAAGUACCAUACGAUUUUAGCUUUAAAUACUUGCAAAAAAUUAAUAAGGAAGUUGAUGAAAUUAUUGAAAAUAAGGAAAAACAAGACUUUCCUAUUGAACUGGAUAAUGAAAAUGAAAUUGCGUUCGAUAACGAAUAUUAUAAUUAUUAUUGUGAAAAAUCUGAAGCAGUUGAUUCGGACACUGUGCUAGAAGAAGAAUUUAAUAAUGAUGAUUUUAAUAAAAAAACAGAUAAAACAAGCUUUGAAGAUUUACCUCCGCAAACACAAUACAUUCCAGAUUUACUAAACGAAAUAAUUGAUAGAAAACAAGAAGUCGUUGAAACGGUUGAAAAAGAGGUUUUGAAUGAAAUUGAAUGUUUGCUCAAAAGAAUUGAUAAUAUUGAAGAGGAACCGGUAUUGGAAGAAAUUUUAGAAAGCUUGAAAGGUUUCAAUGAUGAAUUAGAGUCUGUUGUAAAUAUACAAGAGAUUAAUUCUUGUGUUAAAAAAAAGGUUGAUGAAAACAAUGUAGAAAAACCAAGUGAGUCAAAUUCUAAAACUAGCAAACUCCAAGAAAUGGAAAACUCUACAAAGUACUAUCCAGUUCUUAAAACUAUCUUGGAUUAUGGGCUUUAUAGAUUUUUACCAACUAGAUUCAAUAAUUGACCAUUGCAGUGAUUAACAAGUAAAUAUUUAUAAUAAUUAUUUUACUUAAUCUUAAAUAGUUUUUAGAUUAGGUAAAACAAAUUGAUAAAUGAUUCUUGAUAUAACAAUGCUGUAUUAGAAACAUUCCCUGUGUAGUUGAUGAUUUUAGUCUUAAGAUAAUAAUGCUUGAAAUAAUUUUAAUGAAAACGUUACUUUAGAAGAAUGAACACUCAACAAUUAUUAUGAUUUUUACUAUGAUAUAUUUUGUUUUGUUGUUUUUUCUAUUUUUUUCUAUUUAGGUUUAAGAGAAAAACCUCCUAGAUAUAAUUUUUUUUUUGUACCUAUUCCAUUUUUACUAUUGUUUUAUAAAUAUAAUUUUUAAAUAAAAUAAUGAAUAUAAAAGUUAAUAGAAUUCCAGAAUUAUCGAAGGUUUCAGGAUUACCGGAUAAUACUUUUACCUGUCACGAAACGCGUUACACAGUGUAGCAAAACGCCCCAAGUGCUCUUAGUAGAGUGCCACAGCGCGUAAAAGUAGCUUAGUUUUUAUUCCCGUAGGCACUUUUUGCCUAACAGAGUUUGACCUUGGAAAUG